AUGGAACCUUUAUCCGCAUCAUUUAACGCAAAUUUUAAAAUCUACAAGAUAUUCGGAUUAUGGCCAGGAAAUAGGCCUCAUAGCGUUUAUAAAUAUUAUUCUAUUUUAUUUUUAUUUUUCACUUUGGUUAUUUUCGUUUCUUUUUUGUCGAUUAACUUGAUAUAUAUUCAAAGGAAAAUAGAAGUUAUGGUACCUGAAGUUGUUUUUAUCUUUGCGGAAAUUAUGAUGAUUACUAAGGCUCUUAUGAUAGUGUUUAAGUGGAAAGAUCUUAUAGAAGCUCUCAAAAUGUUAGACUCUAUGAGCUUUCAGGGGAAAGAUACUGCAAGUAUAAACAUAGUAGUCAGAUAUGUAAGCAACUACAAAUUAUAUUGGAUAAUCUAUACUAUGCUGGCACACAUUGCGUAUGUUUUGCGAAUGUUUAUACCUUUAUUCUCCCACGUGAUAUUUAACACGACUCUUGAGUUGCCUAUAUGUAGUUUUUCAUUUCUAGAUUUAGAGACUCUAAAUCAUUAUUUCGCGAUACUUUACUUCUAUCAGACAGCCUGUAUAUAUUCGCACAUGUUCUUGAAUACUAAUUCUGACACAUUGAUAGCCGGCUUAAUUCUCAUGGCAAUUGUAAAUGUCAAAGUUUUACAACACGAGUUACAGAGUUUAAGAGUUGAUAAAAAAUGGAUCAAAAUGAAUAAGUCGUUCCAAGAUGCUCUUCAGAUAUCAAAGUUGAGAAGGACGUUAGAACAUUAUGAAGAAAUACUCAAAUAUUGUUACAUGCUUCAAGAGAUCCUAAGUGUUACUAUGUUCUUUCAAUUUACCAUAGCCUCAGGACUUAUUUGCGUCUUAUUGUGUUGUUUGCUUUUGUCAUCAUCAAUACAAACAUUAAUAUUUUUUGCUACAUUAUUCUGUGCAAUGGUACUGCAAAUCUUCGUGCCAGCUUAUCUUGGAACCGAAUUGAGCUAUCAGAGUGAAGAGUUAGUGAGCGCAGCGUACAGUUCUGAGUGGAUUCCGAGAUGCGAAUCUUUUAAGCGAAGCCUUAAACUCUUUAUGGAGCGAGCCAAGACUAACAUUAUGCUAACAGGAGGGAAACUAUUCCCCUUGACCUUAGACACAUCCGUAGCGAUUGUGAAAACUGCAUACUCUUUUUUCGCUCUAAUCAGAAACUUUCAGGACCGUGAAUAGAUAAAUAGAUUUGAACUUAGAACUUGUGUAGAUUUUACCAAUCAAAAUAAUAUAAACGCUGUAUAAACGAUAUUGUAGAGAAAUGCACGAUGUUUUAUUUCGUUA